AUGCAGUUCCCGGAGCCUCACAUCCAAGCCCCUCGAAGUGAGCAUGCCCACACAGCCAUUCUACUUCAUGGCAGGGGAAGCGAUGGUCCGGAAUUCGCCGAAGAACUAUUUUCUUCCGUGACUUCACAAGGGGGAAACUUGUCUGACAGUCUGCCGAGCUUUCGCUGGGUCUUUCCAACCUCUGGUGACCGAUGGAGUGCAAGGUUUCAAGAAUACAUGCCAUCUUGGUUUGAUGCAUACUCCCUCGAAGACAUCGGAGCAAAACAAGAACUACAAGUCGAUGGACUCAGGGAGUCGGUACUGCAUAUGCUUGAGUUGUUGAAUCGUGAAAUCGAGAAAGUGGGUGGGGAUCCUCGUCGUGUCUACCUCGGGGGCAUCAGCCAGGGCAUGGCGACCGCUUUAUGGACAUUGUUUUGCACACCAGGAAGAUUCCAAGGGCCGCUUGGUGGGUUUUUGGGAUUCUGCGGGUGGCUGCCUUAUGCGGGACAGGCAGAAGAUCUCAUUAAAGGAUUCCCAAAUACCCCCGGCGGGUUGGAUGUGCCUAGCAAACAACGCCAAGUGUCUCAAUUAUUCUUGGAUAUCAUUGCUAGUCCUAACACACCCUGUAUCAACGAAAAUACUGACUUUUCUGUGCUAUCAACCGCAAUUUUCCUGAGUCAUGGCUCGGAUGACAAAUGGGUCCCUGCGGAACUAGGUCGUCAAGCAGCUCGGGUUCUUCAAGGUCUUAAUCUCACGACAGAGUAUUACGAAUUUACUGGUGCUGAAGGGGAUGGCCAUUGGGUUGCAGAGCCCGAAGGAUUUGAUCAAAUCUUUACUUUCAUCCAAAAACAGGUGGAACAAAAUCAUUUAAUAGCCUAG